GCACACUUUCUGCGAGUAUCGUGAGCUGUCUUCACGCGAUGUCGUGUAUGAUGGUUUCCUACUGUCGUCUGCGAGUCCCCUCGUCAUUCCGACAUACUUUCUCAUACUUUUCAUCUGGACCAAAAGGGCAUGUCAUCGGGAUAGAUUUAGGUACAACCAACUCCUGUGUUGCGGUGAUGGAGGGAAAACAGCCGAAGAUACUUGAGAACUCUGAAGGAUCCCGAACUACCCCAUCUGUUGUUGCAUUCACAGCAGAGGGCGAGAGAUUGGUUGGAGCUCCUGCUCGGCGUCAGGCAGUCACAAAUUCGGCAAAUACUUUGUCAGCCACCAAACGUCUUAUCGGGCGCCGUUUUGACGACCCCGAGGUCCAAAAAGACAUGAAGAAUAGUUCCUUCAAAAUUAUUAAGGCUUCUAACGGCGAUGCUUGGGUUGAAGCUCGUGGCAAAGCUUACUCACCCAGUCAAAUCGGCGCUUUCGUGCUGAUGAAAAUGAAAGAAACUGCUGAAAAUUAUCUUGGUUCCAAGGUUAAGAAUGUUGUCAUAACGGUGCCCGCAUACUUUAACGAUUCUCAGCGCCAGGCCACGAAAGAUGCUGGUAAGAUUGCUGGCAUGGAGGUUCUAAGAGUUAUUAAUGAACCUACCGCUGCUGCUCUCGCUUAUGGUUUGGACCGUGUUGGUGACAAAACAAUUGCAGUUUACGAUCUUGGCGGCGGCACUUUCGAUAUAUCUGUUUUGGAAAUACAGAAGGGUGUUUUUGAGGUUAAAUCAACAAAUGGAGAUACCUUCCUUGGCGGCGAGGAUUUUGAUAAUGUACUUGUUAGCCACCUAGUCUCCGAGUUCAAGAAAGAUCAAGGUAUCGAUGUCACGAAAGAUCCCAUGGCUCUACAGCGAGUCAAAGAAGCCGCUGAAAAAGCAAAGAUUGAGCUUUCUUCCUCCUUACAAACGGAUAUAAAUUUGCCAUAUCUGACUAUGGAUCACUCUGGACCCAAACACAUGCACAUGAAGCUAACUCGUUCAAAAUUCGAGUCCUUAGUUGAUUCUUUGAUCAAGAAAACUAUUGCCCCCUGUGAGAAGGCGUUGAAAGAUGCCGAUGUCAAACCAUCUGAUUUGGGCGACGUAAUUUUAGUCGGUGGAAUGACUCGCAUGCCUAAGGUGCAAGAAACAGUCCAAAAGCUAUUCGGUAGAACCCCCAGCAAAAGCGUCAAUCCUGACGAAGCAGUGGCUAUGGGUGCAGCCAUUCAGGGUGGUGUACUCGCUGGUGACGUCACUGACGUCCUCCUACUUGAUGUGACCCCAUUGUCUCUCGGAAUCGAGACAUUAGGAGGCGUUAUGACCAAGUUAAUUAACCGAAAUACUACCAUACCUACCAAAAAAUCGCAAGUCUUUUCGACCGCGGCCGACGGCCAAACUCAAGUUGAAAUAAAGGUUUAUCAAGGCGAACGUGAGAUGGCUGGUGACAACAAGCUCCUUGGGCAGUUUUCUCUUAUUGGUAUUCCGCCUGCCCCUCGCGGUGUUCCACAAAUUGAGGUCACUUUUGAUAUCGACGCAAAUGGCAUUGUCAAUGUGUCCGCAAGGGAUAAAGGUACGGGCAAGGAGCAGCAGAUUGUUAUUCGAUCGAGCGGUGGAUUGAGCAAGGACGAAAUAGAGAAUAUGGUGCGCAACGCCGAACAAUACGCAGAGACCGAUAAGCGACGACGCGAGCUUGUGGAAGUUAUCAAUCAAGCAGAAGGUAUCGUGCACGAUACUGAAAGCAAGAUACACGAAUACAAAGAUCAGCUACCUGCGGAUGAACGUGAAAAGCUUACGAAGCAGAUUGAGGAUCUUCGAAGUCGAUUGAACAAUAAAGAAAACGAAACGAUUGAGUCGAUACGAGCGGCCACCAAUGAGCUUCAACAGGCUUCUCUCAAACUGUUCGAACUCGCCUACCGAAAAAUGGCAAAUGAUCAGGGCUCUGGUUCAAAAUCCAGUGAAUCCUCAGAGAAAGAAGAGAAGUCCUAACGACAACUGCUUUUUAUCUGAGUGGUAGUCAGUUCAUAAGAAUCAUCCUGUAACUAAUUUCUUUCUAAUGAAUUUCACUCAUCUG